GCGUGACGAUCACACGCAAAGCCGCGUCGCCACAGACGAAUGGGAAAUAGCGCCACAGAACUGCAGCAGUAGAGAUUUGAAUGAAAGAUGCCGACGGACUCGAGUCCCACACUGAACUGAGGAGGGGAUUUUAAUAAUUGUUCUGGUACACAGUGGCAGUACCAGCUUUUCUCUAAACCUAAACAAGCAAUACAACUGGAAUCAUGGGGGCCACUGGAUAUGGCUACUACAGAGUCACCAUCUUUAUCUGCAUGUUUAUUGGAUACUCGCUAUACUUCUUCAACAGGAAGACCUUUUCCUUUGUCAUGCCUUCUGUGAUGGAGGAAAUCGAACUUGACAAGGAUGACCUGGGCCUGAUCGCUAGCAGCCAGACAAUGGCCUACGCCAUCAGUAAGUUCAUCAGUGGCGUCCUGUCGGACCGGAUCAGCGCCCGCUGGCUCUUCUCCAUUGGCCUCUUUGUGGUGGGGGGCAUCAAUGUGGUGUUCUCAUGGUCCUCCACAGUGGCCAUGUUCUCCCUGCUGUGGUUCAUCAAUGGCCUGGGACAGGGCUGUGGCUGGCCCCCCUGUGGGAAGGUCCUCCGCAAGUGGUUUGAGCCGUCCCAGUUCGGUACGUAUUGGGCGGUGCUGUCCUGCAGCAUGAACCUGGCCGGCAGCCUGGGCCCGCUCAUGGCCACCGUGCUGCUGCAGUACUACGACUGGAGGACCGUACUGUCUGCCUCCGGCGUCGUCUGCGCCGCCUUCUCGCUCGUGUGCAUCGUGUUCGUCAAGAAUGAGCCCACAGAUGUGGGCCUGCCCGCCGUCGAAGCAGCGAAGAAAAAGGGAGCGAAGGGAGGAAACAACGAAAGCACACUGCGGGAGUUCCUGACGUCCCCAUUCCUGUGGGUGCUGUCCCUGGGCUACAUGGUGGUGUUUGGGGUGAAGACGGCUGCCACAGACUGGGGACAGCUGUUCCUCAUACAGGAGAAGGGCCAAUCAGUGCUCAUGGGCAGUUCCUACAUGAGUGCCCUUGAGGUUGGGGGCUUCGUUGGCAGCCUGGCUUCGGGGCUCCUCUCUGACCGAGCCGUGGCACGGCAAGGUCUGGGCACCCACGGAAACCCUCGCCAUGGCCUGCUCCUCUGCAUGAUGUCUGGCAUGUUCGUGUCCAUGUACCUCUUUAGAGUCACCAUCACAGCUGAGGUCCCUGAGGAGGCCCCUCUUUGGCUCCAAGCCCUUCACCCUAUCUCAGUUUUGAUUGGCCUGUCGGAGAAGGAGAUAUGGAUCCUGUUCCUGGGUGCUUUGUUCGGAUUCUCUUCUUAUGGACCAAUAGCUCUCUUCGGCGUAAUAGCCAGUGAGAGUGCUCCGUCAAACUUCUGCGGAACGUCCCAUGCUGUGGUCGCUCUAAUGGCUAACGUUGGUGCUUUUGUGGCCGGACUCCCGUUCAGUACCAUUGCCAAAAAUCACAGCUGGGACAUGGCCUUCUGGGUAGCUGAGGUGGCGAUGGCCGCAGCCACUGUCUGUUUCUUCCUUAUGCGCAACAUGCGUACCAAAAUGGGACGGAUUGCAGAGAAAAUGGACUGAUAUUUUUCCUGGGUACAAUGUUUUCGAGUCCCCACUCUGAAAGCAGAAGCUUGGACUGCUGACUGCAAAACUAAUCCGAAAGAACCAACCACUGUAUCUUUGGACGACUCAUCCCAAGAAACCAUUUCAGAUCUUAUCUUUGUAUUAACAGACCUUGUAUUCAUUAUGAUGACAAACUAUUCAGUUCUAGAUGUUAAAUAACAGUUGCAAUAGCCACGUGAAACAACUUACAAUUUAUAACCAAUAUAGUAACUGCAGGUUCCACUGUUGUACCAGUUGCUGGUUGUUUGAUCACUUUAUUAAAAAAAAAGAUGUAAACACCAAACAGAAACUUAUUUGGUGGACUUAAUUCACUGAAUGUAUGCCAUUCAUUGCUUAGUACGCUUUCAGUGAUACAUUUUCUUGAAGUUACAGAAUGUUUACUGAAGACUUAACUUUUUUUUAUAACAUCUACAUAUAUGGGUUGAUGGAUGUUUGAGUAUAAGACACUCAAUACAUACACAUCUCAUUCAUUCUUUAAAAAAAAAUCUGAAAAUAAGUUAUUUUUGUACAGCACCGUAUUGUAUUAAAAACAGAAAAGUCGACAGAAUCUAUGUUUUGACCCUUCCUUUGUGACAAUUUAGUAGAUGGAUGAUUUGGAAUGUCAAGAAGCGCUAUAUAUUCACGUCAGCCAUGCGGAAACAUUGUGCUCUUAAGCAAUUUCAAAAUGAUCUUGCUACCAUGGUCUAUCAUAACCAAUUUUCCAUUGUAAUGCAUUCAUUUCACUCACAACACAUAUAUAAAAAUGGGACAGGUAUAAAAUGCAAUGUAAAAUAAAUAAAACAUACAAUUGCACACCUUUAUAUAGUCCAUUUACUCUAGUUUGCAUUUAGUUUUCCGCAAUGGAUUGCAAAAAAGCAUAGACUGACAACAUUUUUUUUGUUUAUUUAUAACAAUCACACAGAAGAUACAUCUAUAAACAAGAAAUUAAAGAAAACGUUCGCAUAUCCAUGAUACAGAUACCUAAAAACCCACAUUAAUAUCGCUAGUGCUGGUAUGCAUUAAACCGCUCAAGAGUGUACUUUUGUUUCUCGGCAUUAACAAAGCCAUUAUUGGCCAUGAGCAUGUACCUCAUUAGCUUAACUACUCUGAGAAGUCCUCGGUAAAAGUAAGGGUUUUAUUGGGGUGGAGGGGUGGGGUGGGGGUCCAUUGUACGGAUGGGUUA